AUGAGUGGAGACUUCAAAACCAACUUCGCGGCCGACUUCCUCAUGGGAGGUGUCUCAGCGGCCAUUUCCAAAACAGUAGUUGCGCCCAUAGAGAGAGUGAAAAUGCUUAUCCAGACGCAGGACUCCAUACCAGAAAUCAAAUCAGGCCAAGUGGAAAGAUAUUCAGGGCUAAUCAACUGUUUUAAGAGAGUAUCGCAAGAACAGGGAGUCAUGUCCCUUUGGAGAGGAAACACAGCCAACAUUAUUCGCUACUUCCCAACCCAAGCUUUCAAUUUUGCCUUCAAAGAUUAUUUUAAAAAUGUAUUUCCCAAAUAUGACCAGAACACAGAUUUUACCAAAUUUUUUUGUGUUAACAUUUUAUCCGGCGCAACAGCAGGUGCUAUUUCGCUUUUAAUUGUAUACCCUCUAGAUUUUGCAAGAACGAGAUUGGCAUCUGACAUCGGCAAAGGGAAGGACAGACAGUUCACAGGAUUAUUUGAUUGCUUAAAAAAAAUAUAUAAACAAACCGGUUUUCUGUCCCUCUACAGUGGUUUCGGCGUUUCGGUCACAGGUAUCAUCGUCUAUCGAGGCUCCUAUUUCGGAUUAUACGACAGUGCCAAAGCUCUCCUAUUUAAUAAUGACAAAAAUACGAAUAUCGUUUUAAAAUGGGCAGUCGCUCAGUCAGUCACCAUUCUAGCAGGACUCAUUUCCUACCCAUUCGAUACCGUUCGAAGGAGAAUGAUGAUGAUGUCCGGAAGAAAGGCAAAGGAAGAGAUUCAGUACAAAAAUACCAUCGACUGUUGGAUUAAAAUACUGAAGAAUGAGGGACUUGCUGGAUUCUUUAAGGGCGCUUGGGCUAAUGUCAUUAGAGGAGCUGGAGGAGCUCUUGUGCUCGUUUUCUACGACGAAUUGCAGAAGUUGAUAUAAUGGGGGUAGUGAAGACACGUUAGAGUUUAUGAGGAGGGAGAUUGUUCCCAGUCGGUUGCCGCUAAGUUGCUGAAUUGCCCGGUGGCCAAGCCACCCAGUCGCAUGUUCCUUUUUUUUUUUUUUUUUUUCACGCGUGAAUACAUAUGCACAGCAUGACCGCAAAUGCGCAGAGAAGGACGAGGGUGCCACUCCCCAUUCUCCCCCAACAUGCAGAAGCACGCGUGUGGGGAGUGCCUAUUUUUGAAGCAUCCUAUUUUUACACAGUUCCAAAGAGUCACGUAGUUGUGCAGCUCGCCCGUCAAGCUUACAGGCGCGUAAAAACACACUGCGGUAUUUCCAUCCAUUUUCUUACUUUUUUAUUUUUUUACUUUUUUAUUUUUUUACUUUUUUAUUUUUUUACCUUUUUAUUUUUUUAUUUUCGCACUUUCGCACUUUCUCAUUUUCCUAUUUUCUUAUUUUCCUACCUUCUUACGUUUUUUUUUUCGCUCUGCCCCACCCCUGUUGCCAAGUUGUACUCAUAUGCUUGUGCGUAUAUCUGCCGCGCCGCGUACUAUCAUGCGCGUGUGCGUAACUAUACACAUGUGUGCAACCUUUUCAGCCACACCCCUUCACCUUUUUACGAAGCAUUCG